AUGGAGGGGAAGUGGGAUGGGGAUGGGGAUGGGGAUGGGGAUGGCGCGGAUGGCGGCACUGGCUGGCCACAGCGGCAGUCCGGGCAGACAGCGCACCGCAGACAGACGGCCUUGAACUGCAAAAUGCGCUGCCAAACACCACGAAGCGGGCGGGCUGGAGCUUUGUGUGCGGAGGACAGGCGAGAGAAGCACGUUGACGUUGACGUUGACGCUUGA